AAAAAGGAUGAUUGCUAGGCUACAAUUUCCUCUCUGAAGGCGAAUAAAGUUUUGAAGUGAUCCGCUCAAACAAUUUCGUGAUUUGGUUAUAUCAACAACUCUUUUUCAGUGGAGAGGGUUCACAGCCGCUUUUAAUUAAUUGGGUCUGGGGAGAGUAAGGGGAUGUAAUGUGAAGUCAUAAACGAUUACAAAGUUUUCAGAAGCUUCAGUUCACCAACAUAAUUUUUCUGGUUUAUAUUUCCACUAGGUCAUGGACGUGGGAGACGGAGUCAUGUGUUAUCAGACAUCUCGCCAUGCACCUCGGAAGGCAAGAAGAAGUGGUUGGAAUGUAUGAGAAAACAAAACGAAAAUAGAAAGGGCUAUUCGAAUGGUAUUCAUGUUGAAUAUGACAUGAAAUGCUCUUACAAGACGCACAGUUGUUAUUACGUGUUUACCUGCAAACCAGAAGGUGGAGGUGGCUACGCAUGCUCACAAGAUGCUCAUUUCCUUGACUAUACCGGUCUCUGUUGUUAUCCCAUAUGUUAAAAGUUGUUAAUCAUCGCUCAUUUGUGACUAACCACCGAUCAUUUUUGGCAUAAAUGCUAACUCUUGAUUAUUUGUUUACUUUUCCUUAAAAGUCUUGCCGAAAUUUUUUCAGAAGAUGUUUUUUUAUUCGCUUUACGCAAGGCAGGUAGAUGCAGGAUAUGAUUUUUACAAAAUGCAUUCUUAGAAUGAUUUGUCAGUGGAACGUUCACUUAUGUCACUGUUUUCUAAAUAUAGCUAUAAUUUUAUUUUUACGUUUGGUGAGGAUUGAUAUGCGUGAAAUCUACCAUAUUCUAGCGUUUAGCUGGAAAAUAAUGAGUAAUCAGGGAAAAAAGGCAAACCGUGAUGAACUGGAGUAAACGGAGAUCAGCCAUAUUUUCUCCUUUUCUUUGUUUUGAAACAUGUUGGAUACUUUUUUCUUCAAUUUUUCUGAAUAAACUUCUCUUUUUGGGCAAAGGUGCUUCAAGUCAGUGUAGGUAAAAAGAAUAGG